ACCUCAGAAAUCAGUCGUCACACCCGCGAUAACGAUAACUUUGCUUUCAUCACUAAUCAGACGAUUGAUAAUUUCUUUGUCAGUGUAGCGACUCUGUCCAGCAAAGAUAGAAUUCAGCGCGGGAGGAUGGCUACUGACAGACUCAUCGCGCUGCUUUUCUGGCUGGACAUCGUCUGGUCUUCUUCGUUACGAUUUAACGUUGCUCGAAGACCGAAUACCAUCACUCAGCUGGGGACUAAGCUGUACAAAGGGGCGCUGCUGACCUCUGACCUGGCCAUUGAUGGCGUCUGGUCAGUCUUGCCGUCCCUCUGCGCCACCACCGCCACGCCACCCAACCAGAAGACGGCUCCAUUCUGGUCGAUCACCCUGAAACACGAGUACCUUAUAGAUGAACUGCAGAUCAUGUUCAGAUACAGCAGUCUGAGUCAGUACAGAGCGUACGACGUACUUGUGGAUGACAAGCUCUGUUUUCGUCGAUCUGACAUGUCCACGGAUCCUAAGCGUGUGGAGCAGAUCAAGUGCACGAGCGAAGUGCGUGGAACGAACGUUAUCAUCUCCAUACCAUCGCAGGAGAGCAGCAAGGCCAAGGAUCCACCAGAGCUCAGCAUUUGCGAGGUCGCCAUCUUCGGACAUGGCUGCAGACCCGGGUUGUUUGGCACGAACUGCAAUCAGAGGUGUGGUUUGUGCGCCCGAGGUAGGUCAGAGUGCGACCCAGAGACAGGAAGAUGCAUCGGUGGCUGCCAAGCGGGUUGGGGAGGAACACACUGCUUGAGCGCCAACGUGGCGCCGCACCAAAUAACCAACUAUGCGGGUAUCGUGGAGUACGGGAGGAGAAAGGAAGUGGAUGGCAGCACCUUCAGGGACGAUUCUUUAAGUUGUCUGUUCAUGAAAAGGCAACCAGAGAAGCCACAUGAACUGCGGUGGCAGCUGACACUGCCAAAGAAAUAUCUAAUCAAAGAGAUAAUUAUAGUUUCUCCUAGGAACAGGGCGAUGCGAUAUGGCCUUCGAAGCAUAUCCAUCACUUUAGACAACAAAUUGUGUACUUCAAUCAAAAAACAAGACAUCAAAGACGUGCACAGGCUCCAGUGCAGGUCCGGCAGGAGUGUGUACGCACAAGAGGUCACCAUCAAUGUCGACGACCGCAACAGUCAGGAAAUGUACCUUUGUGAAGUUGAGGUUCUAGUGUGCCCACAAGGCUCAUGGGGAGAUAACUGCGUGCGGCAAUGCCCACAAUGCAACAGGAAUCAGUUCUGUGACUCCAUCACUGGCCAAUGCCUGCCGUGUCCCAAUGGUGAAAAAUGUCCGUCGGGAGAAAUACAUCUUCCUUCCGCGCCGGUUGAUGAAGUGGUCGUUCAAACAGAAACAGUUGUGCAACUCGUGGAAUCUAAAUGCAGUGUAGGCUUCUGGGGGCCUAACUGUACCUUGCCCUGCAACUGUGUGGACCAUAAAGAACAGUGCUAUCAGACAGAUGGCUCCUGCAAAACUGGUUGUCGCCCUGGUUACGAAGGUCUCAACUGCCUCAAAAAGUGUGAACCAACGUUCUUCGGUCAGAACUGUGAGUCUGAAUGCCGAUGCUCGGAUGCGUUCGAGUACUGCGACUUUGUCACUGGCAAGUGCAGACAAGGUUGUGAGCAAGGAUUCUCCGGCUCCUCCUGCCAGACUCCUGUCCCUGGCGUGGAAGUACACGAAGAAUCAAACUAUAUACCCACCCUUUUUAAUUGCGAACUAGGCAUGUUCGGACCGCUGUGCACAGACAGAUGUAACUGUCGACGAAAAGAUGAGGUGUGCCAGGCGGUGACAGGAGAGUGCCCGGUGUCGGGCUGCGCCCCAGGAUUCACCCACGUGGACUGCCAAACGGAAUGCCAUGACUUAAGCUUUGGCUUGGAAUGUCAGAAAAAUUGCCGUUGUCUGGAUCCGUUGGAGGUCUGUAACAAGGCGACUGGAGAAUGCAAAAUAUCGGGGUGUUCCAAAGGGUUCACAGAGCUCGACUGCCAUACACCGUGCCAGGCCUUCACUCACGGUCCCAACUGUAAGUUCAAGUGCCGCUGUAAGGACCGGUCAGAGGUGUGUGAACCAGUCACGGGACAGUGCACAUCUGGGUGCGAGGCUGGCUUCGAUCCGCUUGACAUCUACUGUAACAAAACUUGUAAGCCGGGCACGUAUGGCCAGGACUGUGUCCAAACGUGUGGCAACUGCAUGCAAGAUACCUGUGACCCCGUCAAUGGCACGUGCAAAGGUGACUGCGACAAUGGGUGGGAAGGCGUUCUGUGCAAGAAAGAGUGCGACCCAGGUCUGUGGGGUCCACAAUGUUCCAGAAAAUGCCACUGCAAGGAUCCCAACGAGAAAUGCGAUCACAUAACAGGAGAGUGCAAGACAUCUGGUUGUCCUGCAGGCUUCUCUGGCAAGAGCUGUUACACAGAAUGCACGGAUGGGUUUUACGGUGAAAACUGCAUUCAGCCUUGCGGAAAGUGCGAGGGAGGAGGAGCCAUGUGUGACAAGAAGACGGGACAGUGCGUUAGAUGUAUACCGGGUUUUUCGGGCCAGAAGUGCGAGCAGGCAUGCAAACCGGAAUACUGGGGGAAAGACUGCACGUCAAAGUGUGGACGUUGCUUCAUGGGAGAUUGCGACGAGGGGAGUGGCAAGUGUAAGCAUGGCUGCCUCGGAGGGUAUCAAGGGGCCCACUGCCACGAAAUGUGUGUAGCAGGACGAUACGGAGACAACUGCGACAAGGUCUGUGGCAAAUGUGACAAAUAUUGCAACGCCACCACAGGUGUGUGCAGUCCAAGCGGUUGCCAAGAUAACUUCGCCGGAUCCAAAUGUUUGCACGACUGCGGGAAGCAGGGAACAUGCGAUGUCCCCUGUGGACACUGCAAUGGCGGGGAUGCCAAGUGUGAUAAGAAACUGGGCGUCUGUACCGGUACUCCCCUCUGUGAACCUGGUUAUUACGGAGUCUCCUGCAAAGACCCAUGCCCACCGGGGAAGUGUGGAGAGGGAACAACGGAUUUCUGUCUCAAUAUCUGCGGCCAUUGUUUGAUCAACGGAACCACCUGCGACUCCAGGACCUGUGGUUGUCCGGAAGGAAAGUGCCAGGCUGCCUACGAGGGGGAACUUUGCAACAAACUAAUACAUGAAAGCUGCCGCAAGCUGACAGUCUGCAUCAAGUGCCCUAACUGCCGCUUCGGUAUCGACGACUGCGAUUUCUCAACCGGAAAGUGCAAAAGCGGGUGUGCACCCGGCUACAUCGAGCCCUACUGCAACCAAACCUGCAGACGCCUGUCCUAUGGACUUGGGUGUCGGCACAGAUGCAAUUGUCCCGACCGACUAUGUCCUUGUAACCAUAUCAACGGCUCGUGUCCCUCCAGAUGUCUGCUCUUUGUCGACCAAUAUGCAGAGAAUGGCAAGAAAUAUUCAGUUUUCCGAUUCCUGAACGGAAAUAUGAGCACAUCAGUCACAGCUGGGGUAAUGACAUUGUCUUUGUUCGUCGUUGGCUUUGUGAUUCUCAUCACCAUCGUAUGUGGAAUCAGGAGGAGUGGAAAACGAAAUUUGGCAGUUGAUCAGACUGAAAACGACAAUGUUCGUCUUCAUAAUAAGAAUAAUUAACGAAGAAAAAGGCAGGCAACAUCGAAUACGUCGCAAGAAUCAAUCGAACUUUCCAUUAUUGUGGCUAAACAUAGUUCAACUAUAUGUGUCAUAGUCCUCGAAAAAACCUCUAUUUCUAUCAAUUCUUUUUGUCUCUGAUUUUGUCCUUAAAUGUUUUAUAUGUUUCGUAGGGGUUGUUUUUUUUGUGUUGUUUUUACUUUGUAGAGGUGUGGUAAGACACUCAUCUUUUUUGAAAUCUUGAACAGUAAAUAAACACUUUAUCGAUCUAAAACUAAUUAACAUUGAAAGUCGAAAUCGCCUUAGCAGUUAUCUAAAAUGUUGUAUGAUCAUAGAAGUUAAGUGUAAUAGAUAAAUGCCAAAAACUACGUAAAACGAACGCCAUGUUUGAAGAAAACAUCGUUAUAUCCAUACUUUGCAUCUUUUUUUAAAUUAACUGUUAGGAAACGAAUCAGUUUUUGUAAUUUAUUUCUUUUGAAUCUGUCAUGUCAUGUAAAUCGCGUAGAAAAUUCUAAGUCAUCAAAUUGCAAUAUUUGCAUGAUCUAUUGUUUAUAAUACAAUGUAAUAUUACGCACUUUUUUUCAAUAAAGCGCAUUUAUAUGUA